AUGGCUGCUCAGAAGAAAAGUGUUGUCGUAACUGGAGGAGCGUCGGGAAUAGGGUUGGGAAUCACCCGUUCGUUUGCGGAACAAGGUGCACAUGUUUCCGUCCUCGAUGUGAACCCUGAGGGUGCGCAAAUUGUCAAAGGGUUGUCGUCAGAGUUCCCCAAUGCUACCUUCUCGUUCACGAAAGCCGAUAUCUCCAACUGGGAUGGGCUAGCAACGGUCUUUGAGCAGAUUUAUCGAGAACAAGGCCGGAUCGAUGUCGUGAUGGCCAAUGCUGGGAUAUCUAAAGAACCGAGAUUGAUCGUGGACGAAGACGCGCCUUCAAAGCCACCUUUGCAUACCUUGGAAGUUAAUUUGAUCGGAACAAUAUACACCGUAAAGCUGGCUAUCCACUACAUGAGGAAGAAUCCUGUUGUCAAUGGUGCCACAGCCCCUUCCAAAGGCUCCAUCAUCUGCACAGCAUCGAACGCCGGGUUAUAUGCGUUCGCAGUCGCACCGCUUUAUGCCGCGUCCAAGUUUGGGGUCGUCGGUCUGGUGAGAUCACUCGCACGUCAACUUGAGAAAGAGGCGAUCCAGAUCAAUGCUUUGGCGCCUGCUGUUCUUGAGACAAACAUUGCUCCGGACAAAGCGUUGUUCAAGACGAUGAUCCUCACACCCAUGUCCACGCUGACACGAGGGGUUCAGCAGCUAGUAUCAGAUCCAUCCUUGACCGGUCAGAUUGCUGAAAUCCACGGGGAAAGCGUGACCCUAAGGGAACCGACCCCAUACGUCGAUGAGGACACUGGCACGAACAUCGAGACGUUUUGGUCCUUGGGAUAUGCUUGA